GUCCAUCACGGCUGGGUGGGGGCUGCGGUCGGUAUGCGGACGCCUGGAGAGAGGACGGGAUAAGAGGUGUCCGGCGCGGGCCUAGGACCGAAUUGUCAAGGCCGAGCCCAGUGAAACUUGAACAGAACCUGAAAGGUGAAGUCCAGUGAAUAGAAUACAGUCUAAAGUAGUUUUAAGAUGGCAGGAUUCCUGGACAACUUUCGCUGGCCGGAGUUUGAAUGUAUUGACUGGGGAGAAAGCAGAAAUGCAGUUGCUUCUAUAGUAGCUGGGGUGUUGUUCUUUACUGGUUGGUGGAUAAUUAUAGAUGCUGCAGUGGUUUACUCAAAAAAUGGAGAAUUGAAUCCUGCUUUUCACACAUGUGGAGUCAUGUCAACUGUAGCUUUUUUCAUGAUAAAUGCUGUGUCUAAUGGACAGGUCCGAGGGGAUGGAUACAGUGAUGGCUGUUUGGGAAGAACAGGUGCACGAAUCUGGCUUUUUGUUGGCUUCAUGCUAAUGUUUGGAUCUCUCAUAGCUUCCAUGUGGAUCCUGUUUGGGGCGUAUGUUGUACUUAAAGUUAAUGUGUAUCCAGGCCUGGCUGUGUUCUUUCAAAAUGCAUUAAUAUUUUUUAGCAGCCUAAUCUAUAAGUUUGGAAGAACAGAGGAACUCUGGGCAUAACCUGUAUCAUCUCUGCACUGACUCAGGAUAUUCUGCACAUGAAUGAUAACUGCAAAUACACAUUGCUUCUAAUUUGCCAAAUAUUAAUUCAAGUUGAUUUUAGAUAAAACUUAAUGUAUUAUUAAAAGAUAAUUUUGAAAGACUCAUCUUUUUUAUUUUAUGAACAUUUUAGUAUUUUAUAUUCCAAUACUGCUUUGUGAAUACUAGUUAUAUUGAGUCAUAUAAACAGAAGAUGAUGCACUGUUUGGGCUGAUAACUGUCAUAUGACCUCUGUUAAAUUCAGUGUACAAUAUAUGGAUAAUAUAUCAAAUAUGUUGCUAAUACUAUUAUUAUUGCUCUAAUUAUUGCAGCUUUGCAUUUUGUAAAGGAAAAUCAAAUUCUCUACACCCCCAAAGCAGUAUAAGCUUGUAAACUUUGGAUUUGUGCAAAAUAUUUGUAUGGUUUAGAAUCAUAUGAUAUAAUCAUAGUUGUCUGUUUAAUUCUUUUAAAUUUCAAAAUCACUUCAUGCAUAUUGCUUUGAAUCAGAAUGUUUGCUGCAACUCUGUUGUGAAUUGUCUGAGGAGGGAUUGCCACUAUUAGCUAGGUUUACUUUUUUUCCUUUUUGUUAUUUAUGAAAUAAACCUUCUCAACAGUGUAUUUUAUUGUGAAUUUCUCUGUUCAACAAAAUUUGUGAAAUAAACAUCUGUUCUGUUAA